AUGACUGUGAAUGUGGACACCGGCUGUCACGUUGUCUGCGGAGCUUCUGGCGGAGGCCUCGUUGACUGCCGACGUGUUGUCACUUCACCGCUGCUGAAUGCCGUGUCGUUUGUUGAGCACACUGUCAAUUCACGACCAUUAUGGCAAAGACAAAUACCUCGCUAUCCAUUGUAUUACAAAGGAAAUCCCCAGUUGAGAAUUUAUUUACCUCUUUUUUGGAUGAAAUUAUUGAAAUGGGACAAGGAUUUACCUUCUGACACUCAAUCUUUUGAAGUUCAUUUACAAAUGACCGAACACGAUGUUAAAAAUUAUUUAGAAAGAAUAUACAAAGUUAAAGUACUCACUGUAACUACAAAGCUUUUAAAAGGGGAAUCAAGGAAACAUCCGAUGUUCGGCUACAGCAUUCAACCAGCCGUCGAUCGACGGAUUGCCUUCGUUCAAUUAAGUGAUAGUUCAUUCAAGUUUCCUGACAUCUCGUUCAAAAAUGCGUUGGAUAAUUUUGAUGAUAGCAAAUUAAAAUCUGGCAGCCAAGAAACCUUCCCAACAACGUUGAAGGAUAUAUGCAACAAUGAUUUACCUACAUGGUUCAAUAAUUGA